CCCCCCUCCUCGGAGCUUCACAAACGAGAUCUUCACCUCCACUGCACUUGCUCGGAAGAGUCGGUCUUGGCUUCUGAGCGGGGCGUUGUGAUGGCUCAGGGAAGGGGCAGUGUCGUGGCUCUGGGGCUGGCCCUGCUGUGUCUCCUCAUCCACAGUGAGGUGGCCGAGGCCGCCACCUACGUCGUCGGCGGCAACAGCGGAUGGACCUUCAACGUCGCCAGCUGGCCCAGGGGGAAGAGCUUCAGAGCCGGCGAUGUGCUCGUGUUCAACUACAACCCGUCGGUUCACAACGUGGUGGCGGUGAGCGCGGCCGGCUACAAUAGCUGCUCGGCUCCCAAGGGCUCCAGGGUCUACACUUCCGGGAAGGACCGCAUCACGCUGGCCCGAGGCACCAACUACUUCAUCUGCAGCUUCGCCGGCCACUGCCAGUCCGGCAUGAAGAUCGCGGUCACCGCCGCGUAGCAUCGCUAUUUGAUCACAAUCUGCAUGAAGGACGGAGAGCAACAUGAAUGAAGUAUGAGAAUAACCUGGUCAUCGAAUGAAUAAAUCAGCAGAUUGUUAGUAGUAGUUGAUAAGCUUCUGCAUGGCUUCUGCCAGCAGCGUUAUCAGAAUUGCUUCCUAUAAUAAUAAUACUUGAUACUUUUCAUCA